GGUCUUUUUCAGCCAUCUGGUGCCUCCCUGUGGCUCCUGGGCAUGGCUCUUCAAACUGAGCAGAUCCCAUUCCUUCUGUGGGACUGACGAUAUUCCAGCUCUCCCUUUGUAAAAGUUUAGCUGCAUCUGUAACAAUAUAAAUAACUGUCUUGCUGAACUCAUACAGCUCCGAGGUCUCUUCCCUGUCUCUUCCCAUUUACACAGUAUACACCUGACAACUGCUCUGCACCUGCUCACGUGAUUCAUACAGCUUUACUUGCUGGUGUCCAGGAGCCUGUUGGAUGGUUUCCUGUGCAAGGCAGAGAAAGGAUACAUCCCAAGACCACAAUUAGCAUGACAGCUAAACCAACAAGAAUGUGCUGGUAUAGGAAAAAUGUUGCUGCAUGGAGCUUUUUAAAAAGUCCUCUGUUCUAAAAAUUGCAAGCGGCAUGUAGUUUUCCUGACCGGGUUUGUUGCCACACAAGUGAGCGGGAUGAUAUUUGAGCUUCACAAAUGCAACAGAAUUGGGUGUCUUGUUUCUAAAAUGGGCACACAAUCUCUGUUGAUCUCUACAGCAUUUGUAUUUCUGAUAAAGAGUAGAAAACAAAGCUAUGUGAAAAUGUGAAUUAUGGUAAUGACAGUAGUACGGAGUAAAAGGAUUUAGUGGGAGCCUAAUACUGUGUCCUGGUGAUCUCUUUAGGGGUGUCACUGUGUAAAGUGUAAAGAAACCCUCAUAGCAGUGUGCUGGUAGGGAUGAGGCCCCCUCUGAGACGCUCUGCGUACCUUCUGCAUAACAUGUCUUUUGUCACUCCAGGCACUUGCUGAGAGGAUUUGCUGCACAGGCCAAAUAACUGUAUUUGUAUAUAUCCUGGCAAAACUUCAGGGGUAGCAGUUGUACGCCAGCACAAGUGGUACCAAUAAAGCUUCCUGGAGUAGCAAUGACUUUAAUGUAGAUUCAGUAAAAGCUGUUUGCACAAAGAAAGGGAAAUAAUUUAUACUGUACUCACUGUAUUCACCCUAAAUGUGAUACUGGUAGGACUACUGCAGGAAAACAACAGCAACAAAACAACCCCCAAAAAGGUUGCAUUCUUAAUAGGUGUGUUUAUAGUAGUAAAAGCUGUGUGCAAACUGGAUCUGAGAAGAGCAUAUUGGCACUAUUUCAAAGGAUGAUUAGUGUUCAUGCACAUUUUUGGCUUUCUGUGCUGCUGGGAUUCCUUGUGCUUUCCUUAUCUCUCUAGGAGUUGGGUGGUGAGCGCUGGAGGAUGCUAUUGCCUGCUGCGGCCCCUGUCAGAACCCACCAACAUUGUACAGAUUCUGCCCAGUAGCGAUUGAAGGGCAAGCUUUGGAUUCCAGGAUACUCCAUUAAAAGUCCUAUAAGAUCAUCAAUUUUGCUCCAAGUCUACUGCAAAUCAUAGUAUCAGAUCAAGUUGAAUUUCCAGUGCGUCAAGCAGCUGCCAUUUACCUGAAGAACAUGGUGACACAGUACUGGCCGGACCGUGAGCCACCUCCUGGAGAAGCAGUAUUUCCAUUCAACAUUCAUGAAAAUGAUCGUCAACAGAUUCGUGAUAACAUUGUAGAAGGAAUAAUUCGUUCUCCUGACUUAGUGAGAGCCCAGCUGACAAUGUGCCUCCGUGCUAUCAUUAAACAUGACUUUCCUGGCCAUUGGACAGCCGUGGUGGACAAGAUAGGCUACUAUUUGCAGUCUCAGAACAGUGGGAGUUGGCUUGGAAGCCUCCUGUGCCUGUAUCAGCUGGUGAAGACUUAUGAAUACAAAAAAGCAGAGGAGCGAGAUCCUCUCAUAGCAGCAAUGCAAAUAUUUUUGCCUCGGAUUCAGCAGCAGAUGAUCCAGCUUCUGCCUGAUAACUCCCAUUACUCUGUACUGCUUCAGAAACAAAUCUUAAAAAUCUUCUAUGCUCUUGUUCAGUAUGCAUUGCCUCUCCAGUUGGUGAAUAACCAGACUAUGACCCAGUGGAUGGAGAUCUUCCGUACUAUCAUUGAUAGAAACGUACCUCCAGAGACUUUGCAAAUUGAUGAAGAUGAUAGACCAGAGCUGGUGUGGUGGAAGUGCAAGAAGUGGGCAUUGCAUAUCGUAGCUCGUCUUUUUGAACGGUAUGGAAGUCCUGGAAAUGUAACUAAAGAAUACUUUGAAUUCUCAGACUUUUUUUUAAAAACCUAUGCUGUGGGCAUACAACAGGUUCUUUUAAGAAUCUUAGACCAAUACAGGCAAAAAGACUAUGUUGCACCACGUGUUCUUCAGCAAACAUUAAAUUAUUUGAACCAAGGGGUUAUUCACUCUGUAACGUGGAAGCAAAUGAAGCCACACAUACAGAGUAUAACAGAGGAAGUGAUAUUCUCUCUGAUGUGCUACAAAGAUGAGGAUGAAGAGCUCUGGCAAGAGGAUCCAUAUGAAUAUAUCCGCAUGAAAUUUGAUGUGUUUGAGGAUUAUGCAUCCACCACAACAGCAGCACAGAAUCUCCUUUAUACUGCUGCAAAGAAGAGAAAAGAGGUAUUACCAAAAAUGAUGGCAUAUUGCUACCAGAUUCUGACAGAGCCAAACAUUGAUCCAAGGAAGAAAGAUGGAGCUUUGCAUGUUAUAGGAUCCCUAGCAGAUAUUUUACUGAAGAAGAGUGUCUUCAAGGAUCAAAUGGAGCUGAUGUUACAGAAUCAUGUGUUUCCAUUGUUCAUGUCUAACCUGGGGUACCUCAGAGCUAGAUCCUGUUGGGUACUUCAUUCAUUCAGCGCUUUGAAAUUUCACAAUGAGCUAAACUUGAGGAAUGCAGUAGAGUUGGCAAAGAAGAGCCUGAUUGAUGAUAAGGAAAUGCCUGUCAAAGUAGAAGCAGCCAUAGCUCUUCAGACGUUAAUAAGCAACCAAGAGCAAGCCAAGGAAUAUGUGAAGCCUUAUGUAAGGCCAGUUAUGCAAGAGCUCUUGCACAUUGUUAGAGAGACGGAAAAUGAUGAUCUUACUAAUGUAAUCCAGAAGAUGAUCUGCGAGUACAGUCAAGAAGUAGCUACUAUCGCCGUUGACAUGACUCAACACCUGGCUGAAAUAUUUGGUAAAGUACUUCAGAGUGAGGAAUAUGAGGAAGUAGAGGACAAAACAGUUAUGGCCAUGGGCAUCUUGCACACAAUUGACACGAUCCUGACAGUUGUGGAAGAUCACAAGGAGAUAACUCAACAGCUCGAGAGCAUUUGUUUACAGAUUAUUGGCCUCGUUUUGCAGAAACAUGUUAUAGAAUUUUAUGAAGAAAUUCUUUCCUUGGCCUACAGCUUGACAUGCCAGAUGAUUUCACCUCAAAUGUGGCAGCUUUUAGGUGUUCUAUAUGAGGUUUUCCAGCAGGAUUGCUUUGAGUACUUUGCAGAUAUGAUGCCUCUCUUACAUAAUUACGUGACCAUUGACACAGAUACUUUGCUGUCUAACCCAAAGCAUUUAGAAAUCAUUUAUGCUAUGUGUAAAAAGGUAUUAACAGGAGAUGCAGGAGAAGAUGCAGAGUGCCAUGCAGCCAAACUCCUAGAAGUAAUUGUUCUUCAAUGCAAAGGACGGGGUAUUGACCAGUGUAUUCCACUCUUUGUGGAGGCUGUUCUGGAGCGGUUAACUAGAGGAGUUAAAACAAGUGAGCUUCGUACCAUGUGUCUUCAGGUUGCCAUAGCUGCACUCUACUACAAUCCUGACCUGCUUCUGCACACCUUAGAAAACAUCAGAUUUCCACAAAAUCCUGAGCCCAUCACUGCACAGUUCAUAAACCAGUGGAUGAAUGACACAGACUGUUUUCUUGGACUACAUGACAGAAAGAUGUGUAUAAUAGGACUGAGCAUCCUAAUGGAAUUGCAAAACCGACCGCCUGCAGUGGAUGCUGUGGCUGCUCAGAUUGUCCCUUCAAUCCUCCUCCUCUUUCUGGGCUUAAAACAAGUUUGCGCCUCACGAGAACUCACAGAACAUGAGGAUCAUGCUAAAGAUGAAAAACACGUUGCAGAAGAUAAUGAAGAGAUACCGAGUGAUGAGGAGGAGACAAAUGAAGUGAGCCAGGCAAUGCAAGAGAAUCAUGGUGGAGGAGGAGGAGGAGGAGGUGGUGGUGGUGGAGGUGGAGAGGAAGAGGAUGAAGAUGAUGAUGAUGAUGACGACUGGGAUGAAGAUGUAUUGGAAGAGACUGCUCUUGAAGGGUUCAGCACACCUCUUGACCUUGAAAAUGGUGUUGAUGAAUACCAGUUUUUCACACAAGCACUUCUAGCGGUGCAGAGCCGAGAUGCAGCCUGGUACCAUUCACUGACGGCACCUUUGAGUGAGGAUCAGAAGAAACAGCUGCAGGAAAUUUAUACAUUAGCAGAACACCGGCGAAAUGCUGCAGAGAGUAAGACAAUAGAACAACAAAGCAGCUACACAUUUGACAACAAAGGACUGAUCACAGCAUUUAACUUUGCUGGAAGUACUCCUGGUGGCAACUGAAGGAUCAGCUACAAAGGUCCAUGGGAAGGGUCUCAUCAUUACAUUUUUUCGAAAUCAUCGUGACUUCUGAAUAAUAGGGGAGGGUAAUUUAAUGCUGCUGAAGGUUUUAUGGAAAAUAGCAGUGUGCUUCCCCCACCAGAAUGCUCUUUCUAACCAGCUACUGUAAUGUACAAAUUCUUGUGGUGUUUUUAUAAUUUGAUGAACUGAAAGGAAACAUUUGUCCUCAAGGAACCUGAAUGACUGGGAGGGGCCAGGCUGCAUCUAAUUGAGUUGCACUUCUCAGGUUUUUGCUGUGCAGAAUUGAUAGAUACAUAUGGAUAACAGUGCCUUCUGUUGUACAUGGAUUGCCUGAACAAAUGGGUUUUGGAGUGCAUUAUAAUUUUUUAAGUGUAAGGAUAUUUCUUGAUACACUGUAAGCUUCGGUUCCAUGUUUUCCAGUCACCUGCUUUUUACUACUUGGUUUAAUUGUUCGUUGGUUGCGUACACAUUGCUGGAUUCAGAGUAUUAUCUCAUCUUCCCUAUUUGGUGCAGGCCAAAUGUGUAGAGGGAGAUGUCUAUUGGAGCUGCAAAGCAUACACUGGGUACAUCAAAGGGUCUUAAAAAAAUUGCAGAUUUUCCCUUGAUGCAGUAGUCUUAAAAUAUUGCUCUUAGCCAUAAAAUCAACUCGCUUGAGUUAUGAUGGCAUGCAUGGCAGGUGUCUACCUUAAAUCUGCAUUGAUAUUACCUCCUGCCUGGACAAGCAGUGUGGCCCUUGCAUGUAGAUGUUCUACAUGGCAACUUUUUAUUUCCACUAUUUUUGAUGAAUAUUGGAUUUUACUUGGGAUUCUAUAAACCUUUCUGCUUUUAUUCAUUCAUUACCAUUCCAGUGGUAGUACUGAAUGACAUGGUACAAAAUAUUUACAAUAUUUUAUUCAUCUCGCUAGAAGAAAAACAGCUCCAAACUUAAAUCUUUUUAUUCUUACACUUCUGUGAUUUGAUUUUCUGGUCUGCAUUCCAUUUGGCUGUUCGGCUGUUCUGUUCCAUGCUGAAAUUUCAUUAUCUGCCAGACUUUUUCCUAAAUUUUGAAGACUGGUUUCUCAUAAAUUGAAACACAUAUAACAAGCUGUUUGUGAAUAUGUUCAUUUAGGAGGAAACUGAUAGCAGUACUAAUUUGAAUAGGUGCUCCUCCUUUAGAUCUAUUGAGAUCCCAGUGGUGCAGCCAAAAUAAGUAGGGAUGCAUUAGAAUGUGAAGUUUGGAUUGGAGAUAAAAUGUUUAGACUUGAUUUUGUCUCUAUGUGUUAAUUUCUUUAUGACUUCAAAAUAUUUACCAAGCAAUUUUAAGCACAUACUGAAAAUUUAUUUCUUUAGAGCAGUACCCUGACUGAAAAGUCAAAGCUCUUCCCAUCCCCCAUCACAUUUUCAAUAACUGUAGCAAAUUGCAGAUUCCUGGCCCUGCACUGUGCUGAAGCUUUCAUUUUUUAUAUGUCAGAGUAAUUAUAAUUCAGUCUGAUAAAUCUAAAGAACUCUAUGCCUUGGCUUCUGGAAAAGGCUAAAGUGUCUCUGCCUGUUCCUUGCCCCAUCCCCUGGAAUUUUCUCAGCCUGGCAGCCAUGGGGCAGGUGGUUUCCCACUGUUUUCCUUUUUCCUGCACCUCUGUGUCAGAGUCUCUGGUGCUGUUCUCUGCUACUGCUUCUUCCCGCCACC